AUGUUCCGCGCCGGUGCUGCUCGCCAACUGCGCGCCCUCAGUGGCCUUGGAGCCUCGGUCCCUCGUAGCUCUCAAUUCUCCUCCAAGCUAUGCACCCUCUCGCAGACCACUCGUCCACUCGCGCUUGGCAAGCCCAUGACACUUGCUCUUGCACACUAUGCUACCCAGCAGGCACCAAUGGACAAAAUCAACAAGGCGGUGGAAUCAAAGCUAGGAGAGCUCAAGCUCAAGGCGGAUCCCGACACUGUUAGCUCCACGUCGUCGACUCACCCUGUCUUUGGCGAAGUCGGCACGACUGAAGACCCGCACAAAGACGCCGACAUGAUGGCCGGCGUCAAGAAUGACUUGAAAACCAUCAAGGAUACCUUCUCGCUUGACGGCGUCCCUCGCGAAGCCUACACCUUGGGAAUGGCUGGUGUUCUCCCCUACCUUGGAACCUCAGUAUCGACGGUCUAUUGUGCCUGGGAGAUCAACCAUGCGCACAACACUGGCUCCGGCUUCUUGAUGAGCGAGCAGACUGCAGAGGCAGCUCUACACGUGCUUGAGCCCCUCCAGGUCGGAUAUGGCGCUGUCAUCAUUUCUUUCCUUGGCGCCGUCCACUGGGGUCUGGAGUUCGCUGGAUUCGGCGGAACCCAGGGCUACAAGCGUUAUGCAAUCGGCGUCUGGACCCCCGCAGUCGCAUGGCCCACAAUCCUUCUCCCAGUCGAAUACGCCUUGAUCACCCAGUUCAUCGCAUUCAACUUCCUCUACUACACAGACAGUCGCGCCUGCAAGAGAGGCUGGACCCCUCCAUGGUACGCUGUCUACCGCUUCGUCUUGACUUUCAUCGUUGGUGCCAGUAUUGUUCUGUCCCUGAUCGGAAGAGGUCAGAUCGCAGACCGUAUCAACAAGUUGCCUGGUCCUGCCGAUAGAGUGCGCGCCCUCCGUGAGACUCAGGCAGAGCAACUCUCUAAUGAGGAGGCUGCCAAACGUGCCAAGGUCGUGAGCAAGGACGAGGAGGAUGACGAGGAGUAG